ACCCAGAGCACGCUCCCCGAAGUAUGCUAUCACCCCGCACACACAUGCUCACUCUCCUUUUGAUUUCUCAUUGCUAAAGCAGAAAAAUAGAAAGAAAUUCUCUUUUAAGAUCUUAGAUAAGUAAAAAAUUCCACCUUUUUUUUCUUUUUUACUUGCCAUAUACAGAAUUUGGGUUUUUCAAGUGAUUUCUCAAUUCAGAGGGCACAGCUGAAGUGGGUUUUGUUUUCUUUUCACCACCAUGAACAUGAACAUAUUCAAGAAGAAAACUUCUCCUAAAGAUGCUCUCAGGACCAGCAAGAGAGAAAUGGCUGUUGCCACCAGAGGUAUUGAACGUGAAAUUGCAUCUCUUCAACUAGAGGAAAAGAAAUUAGUGGCAGAGAUCAAGCAAACAGCUAAAACUGGAAAUGAGGCUGCUACUAAAAUCUUAGCACGACAACUGGUUCGGCUACGGCAACAAAUAACAAACUUACAGGGUAGUCGUGCCCAAAUCAGAGGUGUAGCUACUCAUACACAGGCUCUAUACGCCAGUACUUCAAUUUCUACAGGGAUGAAAGGUGCAACUAAGGCAAUGGUAGCAAUGAACAAGCAAAUGGCUCCUACAAAACAAGUUAAAGUAAUAAAAGAAUUCCAGAAGCAGUCAGCACAAUUGGACAUGACGAUUGAGAUGAUGUCGGAGGCUAUCGAUGAAACUUUAGACAAAGAUGAGGCUGAAGAGGAAACAGAGGAACUUACUAACCAGGUGCUUGAUGAGAUUGGCGUUGACAUUGCAUCUCAGUUAUCUUCAGCUCCAAAGGGCCGAAUUGCAUCAAAGAAUGCUCCUAAUGUUGUUAAAAGUGCUGAAUCUCCUGAUGUUGAGGAUCUUGAGAAAAGGUUGGCUUCCCUCCGACGCAUCUGAUCUAGAAAAGCAUGGUGGUCACACCUGUGCAGCACAAUCUAAUUCCAUGUAAAUUUCCCUACAAAAGAAUGGCAUGCAUGCUUGCAAGAAGUAGAAUUACAUUACUAGGAUCACCAUUAUAUGUUCUAGCUAUAUAUUAUAUAUAAAAAUGACUGAAUUACUGUAUCUUUGACAAUAACAAGUGCUAUAAAUGAGAUCACUAUGCCACACUUGGCUCAUUUUCUUAA